AACCCAGACUCUCUAAACACCAUUUUAAGGAAGAUAGCCAAUGCAUUUAGAGAAGCCAUCUUAGAAGUUGUUACUGCUGCCAGAGCCUCUGAAAAAGAUACUAACUUAGUAUAUGUUGAGCUGCCUGGCAAUGUUAAUUUUUGCAGAAUUGAAGAUGAAGAGUAUGAACCUAAAGAAGAAGAAAAAGUAUUGGAAGAUAAAAUGAAGAAAAGAUAUAGGUUCAUCCUUCUCAGACCAGAAGCUUCAGUAACAAACUCUGUACAAAAUGGAAGGACUAUAGCUGCUCAUUGCUAUAUAAAGAUAAAGAAUAAUUUAGUAGUUGCUAUACUAGAUUCUGGCACUGCAGUAAGCAUUAUGUCCAAUAGAAUGAUGAGUAAAUUGCAAUUAAAAAUUAUAGAACUCUCCACCAUCAUAGUUGUAACAGCAAAUAGGACCCAAGACCAGGUUGUCAAGAUUCCGAUGUCAUAUGAUAGAGACCAUCCCUUUGUUAAAGUUGAUAAAGAUAAAGGUGAUAGAAUGUUCGAUGAAUUCAAAUAUGAAAACGAAGUCUUGGAUAAAGCUGAGGGAUUCUAUACUAAAGAAAUAUCGUCAAAUGAACUUGACCCUGAAGAUGAAUCUCUAGAAAUUAAGUUAAAACAAAAUGUAUGUGGAUUUCAUCUGACCCCAGAACAAAGUACAAAGGUUGAAGCCUUUUUAAAUGAAGAAAAAGCUAUUUUUGUAUAUGAUGCUAGCAACUUGGGUUAA